AUGGACAACCCGGACAUCAAGGCAUACUCAGAGACCCAAGCUCCCUGCUACCGCUUUGCCGCGUCGGGCAACUGCAGCGGCUGCGAGAAUGAGCAUCACCCAAACGUCAGCCCAGCUCUCGUAGGCAUGAUUGUACCCCAGCAUUACAGAGUCUCCAACGAAGUAGGAAUAGCUUGCCGGCCCUGUAUCGAGAAUAUGAGAGAGUGUGACAAGCAGUCUCAUCAUCCUACAGAUGAGCGUGAUCCUUGCUCAGAGUGCCGUCAUUUCGGCGGUGAGAAAGUCCAGUGCCAACUGUCAUGGAGUAUGAGCUACAACGACGCUGUCUAUCGACAGAUGCUCGUGCGCCACGGAGAUCACGAGUACAAGCUUCCCCCCUUCGUCCAAGCACGUAGCAAGGGCCCCAUGCCGACAGAGCGCGUCAAGACCGACUGGCAAGGUCAAAGUGCAGAAUUUCUGCUGGCCAAAGGCGACUUCCUGCCCACAGGGGUGCGUGACUGUCCAAGGGCGUUCACAGUGCCUGCACGCGAGAGCAGCCAGCGCAUCAAGAACAAGAGAUUCCUCGCCAACCAAAGUCAAAGGCUCUCGCAGUCGUCCCCUCUGGCAAUACACUCACAACCAUGGCAAGGAUACUCGCAGUCUUCGUUCAUGACCCCUCAUGGACCCACACAGCCUGUCGUGUGGCCAUCGCAACCACCACCAGUCCCACCCAUGAUCUGGGCACCUCACCCAGUACUCUGGACUCCGCAAUACGCAGCUGGUCAUCAAAUGCCAUACCCGCACAUGCCAUACCCAUUUCAGAUGCCCGCAUCUCUUCCACGACGUCCGCACUUUCCCUCCCGUGCGCCGCCACCACCGCCGCCCUCCUUCCCCGUGAAUUCGAAUCGCGUUACCUCGUCCUUGCAGCCUCCCUCAUCGUCACCAAGAAGAUCUGUGGCUCCCGCACACAAUCAGCAAUCAUACAGGAAGAAGCUUUUCGGUUAUGACGGCAUCUUCUCGACAGAUGCGCUCCAGCGCGAGACAUGA